AUGCCCAACAGCACGGAACAAAGUAGUGAAACUUACAUUCUGAAAGGUUCUAUCAAGGUCGUCGAACGGUUCUUCACUGUUCCUUUGGACCACUCCAACCCGAGCGGUCAAACGAUCUGCGUCUUCGCUCGUAAUCUUGUGUCCUUGGAGGAGCUGAAAGGGAAGAAUGAGAAAGAUUUGCCUUACUGGGGACCUGGAUUCGAAGUGAACGUUUUCAGGCUAAUGGGCGUCGCUGAGCAAUUCCACAAGAAAGGAUACCAGACGCUUUGGCUUGACCAACGAGGGACUGGCCUUAGCACCCCCGUUUCCACAGAACUGUUGGCGGACAAGAGUCCAGAAGAGCAAGCUGCUUACCUCAAAUUCUUCCGUGCAGAUAGCAUCGUCAAGGAUUGCGAAGUUAUUCGCAAAGAACUUAUUGGCUCCGCCUCAGAUUCAGAGGCUCGCAAGUGGUCGCUUUUAGGCCAGAGCUUUGGCGGCUUCUGUUCCUUAACAUACCUCUCAUUCUACCCGGAAGGUGUUAAAGAAGUAUUUCUUACUGGUGGGCUAGCACCAGUCACGGUCAACGAUCCAGAUGAUGCGUAUAUUAGAUUGCUUGACAGAGUCGCUCAAAGGAAUGAAGUUUAUUACAAUAAGUACCCUCAGGAUAUUCCACGAGUUCAUCAAAUUCUGUCUUAUCUCGCUUCCAAGGCCGUCACACUGCCUGAUGGAGGGACCCUCACGCCAGCCAGAUUCUUACAGCUCGGUAUGGCGUUCGGAGGACAUGGCGGAAUCGAUACUGUACAUCAAAUCGUUCAUCGCGCCUCGGUUGAGCUCGAAACGUUGAAAACUAUCUCGUAUAGCUGCCUGAGCACGAUUCAAGGGCAACACGCAUUUGACACCAAUCCCAUCUACGCCAUCCUCCAUGAACCUCUCUAUUGCCAGGGGCGUGCCUCGAAUUGGUCAGCUGAGCGUAUAACGAGCCAGGAUUCACGGUUCAACUGGAAGAACGCCGUCGACAAGAAAGACAUACCUGCAUACUUCACAGGAGAAAUGAUUUAUCCGAGCAUGUUCGAUGAUUACGUGAACCUUCGUCCACUAAAGCAAGCCGCUGAUAUCCUUGCGAAGGAUUCAGCUUGGGGUCCUCUGUACGACGUCAAAAGGCUGAAGGAGAACGCGGUCAAAGUCAAUUCCGCUACUUACUACGAUGACAUGUAUGUCGACUUCAAUCUCGCACAAGAGACGGCCGCGUCUAUAGGAAACAUCAAACAAUAUAUCACAAAUCAAAGCUUCCAUGACGGCAUUCGCAACAGAACAGAGGACAUAUUCAAGAAUUUGUUUGAGAUCUCAAAGCGGGAGGAAGAUUAG